AUGAAGGAGACACCGCUCUCAAAUUGUGAGCGCCGCUUUCUGCUCCGAGCUAUCGAAGAGAAGAAGCGGCUGGAUGGCAGACAGACCUAUGAUUAUAGGAAUAUCAAGAUCUCGUUUGGAACAGAUUAUGGCUGUUGUAUUGUGGAACUUGGAAAAACAAGAGUUCUUGGACAGGUUUCCUGUGAACUUGUUUCUCCAAAACCCAAUAGGGCAACAGAAGGUAUUCUUUUUUUUAACCUUGAAUUAUCACAGAUGGCUGCCCCAGCUUUUGAACCUGGCAGGCAGUCAGAUCUCUUGGUGAAGUUGAACCGACUCUUGGAAAGAUGUCUAAGAAAUUCGAAGUGUAUAGACACUGAAUCUCUCUGUGUUGUUGCUGGCGAAAAGGUUUGGCAAAUACGUGUGGACCUGCAUUUGUUAAAUCAUGAUGGAAAUAUUAUUGAUGCUGCCAGCAUUGCUGCAAUUGUGGCUUUAUGUCACUUCCGAAGACCUGAUGUAUCAGUCCAAGGGGAUGAAGUAACGCUGUAUACACCUGAAGAGCGUGAUCCUGUGCCAUUGAGCAUCCACCACAUGCCCAUUUGUGUCAGUUUUGCCUUCUUCCAGCAAGGAACGUAUUUAUUGGUGGAUCCCAAUGAACGUGAAGAACGUGUAAUGGAUGGCUUGCUGGUGAUUGCCAUGAACAAACAUCGAGAGAUUUGUACCAUCCAGUCCAGUGGUGGGAUAAUGCUGCUAAAAGAUCAAGUUUUGAGAUGCAGUAAAAUAGCUGGUGUGAAAGUAGCAGAAAUCACCGAACUAAUACAGAAAGCUUUAGAGAAUGACCAGAAAGUGAGGAAGGAAGGUGGAAAGUUUGGCUUUGCAGAAUCUAUUGCACAUCAGAGAAUCACAGCAUUUAAAAUGGAAAAAGCCCUGAUUGACACCUCUGAUGCAGGGGAGAAAGCAGGAGAAAUAAUUGCUGAAGCUGAACCUCCUUCAGAAGUUGUUUGUAACCCUGUGUUAUGGACUCCUGGAACUGCCCAAGUUGGAGAGGGCACAGAAAAUGCCUGGGGUGAUCUUGAAGAUUCUGAGAAGGAAGAUGAGGACCAAGAUGGCAGUGAUGAAGCUAUCAUUCUUGAUAAUAUGAAAAUGGACACUGGAGUAGAACUCUCUGAUACUGGAAACCAAGAUGCCACUAUAGUACUCUCAGAUAGUGAAGAAGAAGAAAUGAUUAUCUUAGAACCAGACAAGUCUCCAAAGAAAAUAAGAACACAGACCAUCAGUGCAAAACAGGAAAAAGUACCAAGUAAAAAGCCAAUGAAAAAGAGAAAAAAGAGAGCUGUUAAUUAAGCUAACAUUGUUGUAUACUAUUAAAAGAAUAUUUAUUC